ACGUCAAGCCGAGUGCAGCAUCUUGCAGCCUAUCGAAUCCGACGUGUGACCGAAAUGGCCUCGAAGCAUCAAAAGCAGCAGUGGUCAGCGGAACAGGAGGCCCUGGCCGUGCUGCGGGUGGAGGAGGACGACCUGGACUGGCGCUGUGAGGAGGGCUUCCCGGGUUUGCGGCGCGUGGGGGGCGUGGACGUGUCCUUCUUCGCGGACGGCACAUAUGCCAUCGCCACGGUGGUGGUCCUGAGCUUUCCGGAUCUCGAGGUGCUUUGUGAGCGCACCGCCUGCUUCCGCCUCGCAGUGCCCUAUGUUCCAGGCUUCCUAGCCUUUCGCGAGGUGCCGGCAUUGACGCAACUCCUCGAUCAGCUGCCGCCAAAGCACCGGCCCCAAGUGGUCCUUGCAGACGGCAACGGCGCCUUCCACCCUCGCAAGUGCGGGGCGGCCACUCACCUGGGCAUCACCGCCAAGUUGCCCACCAUCGGGGUUGCCAAGGAGGUGCAGCAGGUGGGCGAGGUCAACACCUCCAUGGCCCAGAAACUCGCCAGAACGCUGCGCCCCGGCGACUCCGCGUUGCUGUGCCCAGUGGCGGCCCUGCUUCAGGUGAAUGAAGGCUCUCGGCCUCUGGUGGUGAGCCCGGGCCAUCGCAUCUCCUUGUCUUCCGCACUGCGUCUGGUGGCGGCCCUGUGCCGCUCGGGCACCUCCCCGGAGCCAAUCCGGCAAGCGGACCGCCGGAGCCGCAAGGCGGUCAAGGCCUGGCACGCGGGGCAGCACGUGGAGUACCUGCAAGCGCCACGUUUGGGCCACUUGGAGAAGAUGUUGGCGCUAAAAGCGGAGACGAAAUCAGAGCCCAAAGAGUGGCGGUGGCAGGUGAAGAUGCCGCCACCAGUAGCUGAAGCGGAGGUGGUCCCAUCCACCUGGUUCAGCACUCUCUUCGGCUGGCUCUGCACGUGCAGCUCCAGAACCCCAUCCAUUCCUUGAGCCUUGAGCGUUCGAAUCCGAGCGAUGGAUUCGUUGACACCGUAGAUUGCUGGGCGACAUUCCACCAACUCCGAUGCCGCGUGAGUUUUGGUUCAGCCA